AAGCGCCGCGGAGCGACGCGCGGUGAGGGGCGCGGGACACGGCGGCGGCCGAGGCGGGAGCGGGGGCGUCGCCCGACAGGGAUCCGCGCCCGGGGAAGCGCGGAGAGGUGCCAUGUCUGCCUUGGAGCGACAGACGCUGCUGGCCCUGCACCAGGCGCUGAGCGAGGAGCAGUUCGAGACCCUCAAGUUCCUGCUGGAGGAGCAGGUGCCCGCGGCCCAGCUGCGCCCCGCCACGCGCCCCGACCUCUGCCGCAUCCUGCUGCAGCGCUUCCCGGGCCGGGCCCUGCAUGUGGCCGCCGACCUGCUGCGCCACAUCCCCCGCCACGACCUCAUCCUGCUCCACCAACUACCCGGUGCCGAGGCCGGGACCCCUGGGCAGGGGGAGAGGGCCCCUGAGGCCGGGACCCCCCGGGACAGGACCCCUCAGCCUGUGCCUCCCGCACCGGCCGCCUCUGCCCCAGCGCCGCAGCCUCCCCGGCGUUUGACAGAGAAGGAUCUGAUCCAGAUCGCCCAAAGACUCGGGAAGGAGUGGCAGGAGGUGGGAAUCUGCUGCUUGGGGGUGGGGAGGAGCCGGCUGGAGCAGAUCCGUGAGGACAAUCCCCACAGCGUGGUCAUGCAGAGCUUUGAGAUGCUGCGGGAGUGGCAGCGGAGGGAGAGGGAGGCAGCCACGGCGCCGCGGCUCUGUGCUUGCCUGGCCCCUGCCCACCCCAGCCCCGAGCUGCUCGACCUCCUCUGGAGCUUGCAGGGGAACUGAACUGGGGAGGGGGCUGCCUGGGCCUGCCCACCCCCUGCCUGCUUGUGAUAGAGAAGCAAAGGGGAGCAGUAAAAGCGGCUUUUAUUCCA